AUGAGUUCAUCUUCAGGUGAGGUGAAACUGACAGCUUGUAACAGGAUUGAAACAGACGAAGAGUAUUGCGCACGUAACAACAUAAAUGACCUUUCUAGUGUGAUUGGUGAUGCUUUCACACAAGGUGUACCGGACAUUGACAAGCAAACAACCAACUCCUUGAAGGACAUCCAACUAAAGUCCAAGGAUAACGUAGCGCUUCCAUAUUUAAAUGGUUCAUUCUUCUCUCCCGAUUUACAGAGUCAAAGAAAAAAAGUUCUUCUAAAAUUCAUCCUCACGAACUGCUUGCUGGCCAUAAUUUGUUUUACAAUGUUUGUUUUGUUUUGGGGGGCUCUUUACGAUACUAGCAAGUACUUACACAAAGUUAAGCUGCUGGCUGUCAUCCAAGAACCUCCUGUGGUGAUUUUGGACAACAACAGUUCUAUGGUCGUGCCUUCUAUAUCAUAUGCUCUUCCCGCAUUGAUUAAUAAAGUGCCCUGCGAUUGGGAAAUUCAUAAUACUUCUAGCUUCGAAACGAAGUUUCACGUGAACACGUCCAAGCAAAUCAAUGAUAAGGUCAUAGAAUUGAUCUAUGACGAAAAAUAUUGGUUUGCCAUUAAUAUCAAGCCAAACGCCACACAGACUCUUUUUGAAUCAUUGGUUAAUGAUACUGCUCCGUUAUUCAAUUCCACAGUGUUUAACCAAGUGGUAUAUGAAACUGGUAGAGACCCAACAAACCUGAAGUCCACGAUUUUACCAUUUGCUCAGAAGAUUGAAGAGUACUAUCAAACGUUCUAUGCAUUAGAUUACCUACCAGCAUUAAUGACGAACAUUACGCAGGCAUACAACUAUAUCCUGACGGGAAAUAUAAGGCAUAUCACAGCAGCAGGCAAAUAUAACUACGAAUACUACGACCAUAGACCAUUCACAGACCGUAUUCUGCUUGCGCCCACCCAGAUCGGUGUUGUUUACUGUUUACUGCUAACCUUUUUCCAGUUUUUGUUAUAUGGUCCAUUGCAUGUCGAAAUGGCAAAAGUGCUAAGGCCAGCCAAUGGUUUACUAUACCGUAUUGCCAUGUCAUGGUUCACCUUUUUCUUUGCAUCUUUGUUCUUCUGUACAACAACCGCCAUCUUUGAUGUGGAUUUUAACAAGUCCUUCGGUAGAGGUGGCUUCAUUAUAUAUUGGAUGUCUACGUGGCUCUUCAUGCUUGCCGCUGGCGGAGCUAAUGAGAAUGCAGUAAUGCUUGUCAUUACCAUAGGUCCUCAGUAUCUCGGGUUCUGGAUACUAUCGUUUGUCAUCCUUAAUAUUGCGCCAUCCUUCUUCCCUUUAGCGCUAAAUAAUAAUGUCUACAGAUAUGGCUACAUGAUGCCAGUUCAUAACGCCAUUGAUAUUUACAGAGUUAUUUUCUUUGACGUGUCAAGGCGCAAGAUGGGUAGAAACUAUGGUAUUUUAACCGCACUUAUUGCGUUAAAUACGGUAUUGUUGCCAUUUGUUAGUAAAUAUGCGGGUAAAAAAUUAAAACAAAAGGCUUUAGCUGCAGCGAAACAAGGUUGA